GACCUCGCGCUGCUGGUGCGCGCGGCGGUCCGUGGGGCCAUGGAUGCGGGGGCUCCGAGGCGCACUUUAGCAGCGGUGGCGCGCUCCGUGGUGUCGGCGGCUGCCUUCGCGGCAGGCGCCGCGGCGCGGCCCGCGCCUGCGGCAGCAGCGGCUCCGGAGCCCAACGACAAGAAGAAGGAGCGGCGCCGCAGGCGGCGGGCGCGGCUGGCGGCGCGGCGCGCUGCGGCUGCUGCCCCCUUGGGGCCGCGGCUCCUGCCGCGGGUGCGGCGGGUGCGGCUGGCGUUCCUGGGCAUGGUGUUCGUGGAGGUGCUCUUCACGGCGGCGGACCCGCUGGC